AUAAUUCCAGACAAUUCUUUUACGACCUUUUAGUAGUACAUUUUACCAACGGUUGGGGCUUUGCCGCUGAUUACCGACUCAUAGACGCGACGGUGGAGUUCGAAAUUCAGUUCCCGACCACCGUGAAAUGGAGGAACUGAGUCGGAGUACGGCGGCGGAGAUGGAAACAACGAUUGAUGCAAUCAAUGACGAUCUUCUCCAUAACAUCCUCUCUCGUCUUCCAGCCUUAGCCUGUGCAAACGCCGCUUGUGUUAACCGCUCAUGGAACCUCAUUAUCACUAGCCUCCUCUCUCUCCCUAACCUCUCGUCUGCUCUAUCUAUCAAUCCUUCUCUCCAGGAUGCUGUUAAUGAGGCUGUUGACAAGGUUUUGUCGAAACCUAUUCGACCUAAGUUCGCCAUUGCUUCCGUUGGUCCUUCUUUUAGCUUGCAACAAGCUCACCAGCUCAUAACUGGAAAAUUAGGGUCCAGAAUUCCAAUUGUUACUCUGAUAUCUCAAGGAAUUUUCGGUUGCAAUGCUGUUGAUGAUGAAUUUAAAGAGGUUCAAUGGCAAUUUAUUGAGAAUGACGAGGCUCAUCCUGAUCAUGUGAAUGAGAACCACGGAGUUUUACUUACCGUUGGUUUCUUGCCAGGAUUGAAAGUCAGUUUGAUCCCGUUGUUAUCGAAAACUCAGGGAAAUCAAGCACUUAUGAUUGAUGAACUUGUGCGAAAUAUCAGGGAAUGCUCGUCCUCUGUUUCUGGUUCCGCAUCACCGGUGGCUAUUCUGUUAUUUUCGGAUCACGAAACUGACAUGAAACCGGUUCUUCAAAAGUUGGAUUAUGCCUUUUGCCAAGAGACUGUAAUUGUGGGUGAAGGAGGUUCCCAGUUCUUAUACCAAGGGGAAGCUGCAGUAGACCAUUCUAAUGACGCAGAAUACAGUUCCGCUGCUGUUGCUCUUUCCUUUCUCAGGGAUACUGGCAAUCCUCCGGCAGGUGUAGGGGAAACUCAAUUUCAUGUAGUGCUAGCCCCUGGCAUGACCCAAAUUGGGCCUACCUACAAGGCUGUCGCGGUCAGGGAGAGACCUAGAGACUUUUCUACUUGGCUCACGGCGAAAAGAGAAGCACAAGUUGAAAGUCUUGAUGGUCUGACUAUGUUCGAUCAGAUCUAUGAUGAGUAUGGAGGUGAUCUUUAUUGUUCUGCUCUCUAUAUUGGAGUUUCUAAAAGAAGAAAGUGCUCAAUUGGGAAGGAAAAAGCAAGUUGGAUAUAUUUGCAGGAAUUCCAUGAGGUUUUAAGAGGGGAUGAGGAGUAUCUGUAUGUUAACGGUGUUGGAAUCAGAAGUGGAGACUCCUUCCAAUUCUACCUUGCGAAUGCUAAUGCUACACGUGAUUCUUGCAACAAUGCAUCAAACAACAUAACACGUCUGAAGCGAGAUCUCGACCACCAAAAUGCUGGUUGUUCUACCUAUAAGAAGUCAGUUUUCGGUUGUCUUAUGUUCUCUUGCUGUGGUCGUGGCGAGUUUUUUCUUCAACCUAUCCUUGAUUGCUCACCGUUCGUGGAUAACUUUCCUGGGAUUACUUUUUCUGGAACUUUUUCUGCUGCAGAAAUUGCACGUGGAGAUUUAAGCCAAUAUAGACCGGUAUCUGAAGAACGCAGCUCUCUACGCUGCUGUUUGCAUGUGUAUAGCACUGUCUACCUGAUUAUGUCAUUCACCCCUGAAUCGCCAUCGACAUGAUAGGUGCUGGAAGCAUUAUAAUUUACAUCUGUAGUUGCUACAGAUCAUGUUGCCAUUGACAUUUUAUGAUAGCACUAUAGUUUAUUUCAACAAAGCCAUUGGAGCCUGUUCUACAGCCAAAUUUGGCCUUUUACUUAGUUUUAAUCCUUCUGUUGUAACUUUAUAUUUAUGUAUAUUAAGCUCCCGUCUAUUUAGCAGUUGAAACUUGUAAAUUUCGAGUUUUAGAAGUUGUGUUUGGUCGUGCA